ACAAGGAACUACUCGUCUCCUCAGUUCAAGGUUGUGGUUCCACAUAUGGCUCAGGAAUAUGGCUUUGACUAUGAACUAAUCACCUACAAAUGGCCUACGUGGCUGCACAAGCAGGCAGAAAAGCAGCGAAUUAUUUGGGCAUACAAGAUUUUGUUCCUUGAUGUUAUAUUUCCCAUUUCAUUGGAAAAGGUUAUAUUUGUUGACGCCGAUCAAGUUGUGAGGGCGGAUAUAGGAGAACUCUAUGACAUGGAUAUAAAGGGAAGACCUCUUGCGUAUACUCCUUUUUGCAAUAACAAUAAGGACAUGGAUGGAUAUCGAUUUUGGAGACAAGGAUUCUGGAAAGAGCAUUUGCGUGGCAGACCAUACCAUAUUAGUGCAUUGUAUGUGGUUGACUUGGUGAAGUUCCGUGAGACAGCAGCUGGUGAUAAUUAAGAGUCUUUUAUGAAAGUCUUAGCAAAGAUCCGAACAGUCUAUCCAAUCUGGAUCAGGAUCUUCCAAACUAUGCUCAGCAUACAGUACCAGUCUUCUCAUUACCCCAAGAAUGGUUGUGGUGUGAAUCUUGAUGUGGUAAUGCCACCAAAUCGAAGGCUAAGACCAUCGAUCUUUGCAACAAUCCAAUGACAAAAGAACCAAAACUUCAGGUAUUCUAUAAUCGUACAUUACUCUAUAUUUAUACCCCAGUGAUUCUUAUAAUGUUCAUACCACUUUCCUUUUACAUUGCAUCACUUUUUGAUCAUCUAUAUCAUACGUCAAUGCUCUGGGUGC